GAACCCGUAAAGGAAUUUCACAUCCGUUAAAUUUAUAUGGAGCAGAGUAUAUAGAGGGUUGUGCGAGGGUUUGUUCUAAUAUGUUGGAUCGUUUGGGGGGGUUUUUGGUUGCCAUCUAGGGAUAGGACCGCUCCGCUCUUCACUUGACGGUUUGGUUGGUAGUAUUGUAGACGUCCAGACAUGAAGUUGGUUUCUCGUCCUAAAACAGUCUGCAGUGCGACAUUAUCCACGGCCGUUUUUUCUUCACGUUACGCCUAACCCAACGUUUUCAUAUUACUUAAGCACGACACCAUCAUUGGUUUUUUUUUGUGAUGUUUCGAAAACACUUUGUUUAGUCGAGUCGGCUCACCUUUUUUGCAUCGCAAUCCGCAAAACUCGACUCUCAUUUCCAUUAGGAUCGCGAGAGAGAAGAGAGGGUAAAAUCGAUCGUCGAUCGCAACGUCCAUAGCGGUACUCGUAGAUAUCAGGUGUUGUUCUCGAGGAGUGGUUGUUUGCUCGAGUUGUCCUGUAUGUAAAUUUGUCCCUGGUCACUCGAAGAAGAAGAUCAGGACAGAAACGCGUUUUGUUAUUCAUAGAUUUGCUUCUUGAAGGACAAACCUGAUGGGUUUACCCCGUCUGGCAGUGUCCUCAUCAGCAGCAGCAGCAGCACAAUGGCCUCUGAAAUGGAUGAGCACAAGGCCUCAUUAAGGGAGAAUGUCCUUUUCUAUAUGACGGCCUUCUUCUGCUUGGUGGCCGUCUUCAGCCUUUUCAUUUUCCUAUUCCUGGUGCCGUUCUUCAUUGAGCCGGCCCUGGCCACCAUUUACAUGGAGUUUGAUCCGGAGCCAGUCAUCUGUGAAACGACCGAGGCCAGCUUCCAUCGCGGCCUGUCCAACUGCCAGUGGAGCUCGUGCCGGGAAGGCUGCACUAAGGAAGUCUACGAGUGCUGGCACAUUCGGGUGCGAUAUCGCAGUCCGGUGCCAGUCGGCGACGCCGAUGCCCGCUCCGUUCGUGAUCGCAUCGUCCAGCACAAGUCAUCCAUGGCCUAUUCGCCGCUCAGUGAGCAGAGAAGCGUCAAGAGCAGCGGCUACACCAAAGUCCAGCAGCAGCAGCAGCAGAGCUUUCCCAUGUCGCCCAGCAACGGGUUAUUCGGGAUGGGCGCCCCUUCAUCCGCCAGCAGUUACGACGAUCGGAUUCAAUCCGUCCUGCCGGAAGAAGACGAAAAAGAUGGGGCGUACGCCUUGGCGGAUGAGGGUGGCGAAGGGCUGCACGUCCACGAGGCCCGGCUGCAGCCGAACGUCAAAGGCUGCGGCUAUCCGCCCGACGUGGAAUGCAACAACACGUUCGCUUCGGCCUACGGCAUCCUGGGCGCCAACUUCUCCUGCUACUACUCACUGAUUGAUCCCACCCUGGCCAUCACCCAGCUCAAUAUCGCUAAAGUCCGGGCCGAACUCAUUUACUGCCUUACGAUCCCCAUCAUCCUGUUCGUCAUCUCCGUCGUCUAUCUCUUCUAUGCCUAUUUCAAACUCUACGCCGAGCCGUCGUCCGACGGGCCGGCCGCCACUCCCAAAGGCCCGUCCAUGGACUUUGACGGAGAAGGAAGCCAAGUGGAGGGUGUGGUGGUCAGCCAGCCCAUCAGCUCUCCGAUCAACACCGGGGGAAAGUACGGACUCCUCUACCAGUUCCCGUCACCCGAUAGCACGCGGAUCAUCCGGCGGGCUAAAAGUGGCGGAGCCAUUACUACUCUAUCGGCUGCUCCUGCUGCUGGCAUAGCGAGAGGCAAAGCCUCCAGCAAGGAGACGGCCAUCCUUUUGGCUGGAACCAAAAAUUCAACAGCAGCAGCAGCAGGCAACUCGCAACCGCCCAUCAGUAGAGGAAUGAGAAUAUCCAAAUCAAUGGGACCGCGACUUGGCGAAUGUUCUUUGGCUGCUGCCGCCCAGGAAAAUCCUGGUAGUUUGACGCACGUUUCCUCAACAAUUUCUUCGGCACCUUCCUCCUCAUCUUCGUCGUCAACUUCUUCCUUGUCCUCUCAAUCCGAUUCCUCCUCAAUGUCUCAUCUGCCGGCCUCUUUGAGCAGCGAUUCAUCCGGUUGCAACGCAAACCUCAGCGUGACUUCAAUCCCGGUCGAGGUAUUUUCAAACGACGACAACGAUCUUGAAUAUUUCUCUCCGAAACCGAGUCCCAGACGAGGCCAGCAGCAGUCCGCCUACGCUCCGAACCAAUCAACCAAUUCGGGACGUCAACGCCGUAGGCUCCGCGAGUGCAUCCCACUCAUCUCUAAUAACCACUGACGAACAAACACAUAUCUCUCAAGGUGCAAUCUUGAACACACACGGUGAUAUCUCUCUAUUUUUAUCGGGCAGUGAAGCACCUUCCUUCAAGUGAUCAUUCUGACUCGAAUAACUGACUAUUGAUUAGGAGAAAAAAUGGGUCUCCAACGUUCCGUUCGUUCGUCGUUUUUUCCAAGUAAUUAAAGGCCAUCUUCAUCAUCGUGAUAUUAAAUAUUACCCGUACCGUAGUAGUCUGAAACUCUAUAGUUACAUAGAUAUACAGGAUCGAGUUUUUCGUGAUAGUUGGCAUGAUUGACUAAUACAACUUGAGUAUUAUAGAUAAAGAAGUGCCUGGUCUCUAUACUAUGUCCUCAAAAAACACUAAAGCUGACUAAAGCAAUAUGUCGUUCCAGUAUUAUAUUGGUGGAUGCGAUUUUAUUAUUAUUAUUGGGUCGAUAGACAUCUCUACGAUUAACCCGUAUAUGAGAGAGCGGAAUGAUCAAAAGGGAUUGUUUGUAAUCAAAUAUAGUGUAGCCAUGGUUGUGGUGUCCAUGGUUUCUUUUUUUUUUAGCCCCUCCGGUUUCUAGGAAGACCAUAUCCUGCUGAUUUAAAAAAACACACUUGAUGUUAAUUUACUAAGUUUGUCUUGCUUAUUAUCCAAACAUCGGUUGGCUUAUAUUUUCCACCUUUCUCCUCUUGAUUUUUGAUUAAAUUACUAUAGACAGUAAUUGGAAUGUUUGGCUUGGAUUCUCUAUCCGCCUGCUCAAAUGCACGUUAUUGUGUUCAUGGCAUGCAAUCAACGGUGAUUAUAUUACGUAGUUAAUUGGAAUAUAGCGCACGGAUUGAUUGUGCUGAAGUGUGUGUAUAUUAAUUCCUAUGGAUGUGAUCUCUCUAUAUUAUAUUCUGGCUAUACAUGUUUAGUGUCAAAAAGUCGUGUGUUUCUGCAUCUUCCCCCAUCGCCCAUUCAGAGGUGAAUGCUGAUCACGUGAUUUUUGUCUGAUAAUUUAGCGACUCGAGGAGAAGAGCUUCGUCUUCGUUGUUGAGCCCCAUUGACGCCGCUUGUCCGAAAACGUGCACUGUCUUCACAGCAGAGCGUACCAAGGAAUGGCACACAUCAUCAGUUGGAAUCCGCGCCAA